GCGACGAAUGGUUGUCACGUGGUUUGUUUAUUUGAUCUAUUCUCCCAGUCGUGAUCAAUCGAAAUGGAUGAAAUUGAUUAUAUGUCCGAUAACUUAUUGAGUAAUUGCAGUGAUGUUCGACCAGGUUUGAUACAUUCACAGUCUGUCAAACGGAAACAUAAAAUAGAACGGAAACAAUUAGAAGCUAAUAAGAAGAGUUUUACCAAACCAUUGAAGAAAUUAGAAGAAGAAAGAAGAUUGGAAGGGUUAAAUUCUGCAUUAACUUCUAAUAAUAAAGGAUUUGAAUUGCUACAAAAAAUGGGUUAUAAACCAGGCAUGGUAAUUGGAAAAGAAGGUGGUUAAUAUAUUAAAAUUUUUUUUAUCAUUACUAACAAUUUACUAAAAUUUAUCUUUGAGUAAAUCAGUUAUUACAAUUAGAAUCUCUUGCAGCAUCAUAAAAAUU